UAUCAUAGUUGUCUUUCCGCUUUGAUUAAAUCACUCAGCAAUAUGUUAAAAUAUCAUUUUCUUUUUUAGUUCCCCAACAAAAGAUCGAAACGUGUGCCCGCAUUGACCGUCUCUCAUGCUUCGAGGGCAUUUGGCGUCGGCGCAGGCGCACAAACCCCGCCUCGCUCCUGUGCUGAGUGCAUUCGGAUUGUGUCUAAACAGCCAGCGACCAAAAAGAUAUUUUACCAACAGCAGUAAUGUCGGGCAGGUCGGUUCGCGCGGAGACGCGGAGCAGGGCGAAAGAUGACAUCAAGCGGGUUAUGGCUGCAAUUGAAAAAGUGCGGAAAUGGGAGAAGAAAUGGGUGACCGUUGGUGACACAUCACUGCGAAUUUACAAGUGGGUACCAGUGACAGAACCCAAGUCAGAUGAUAAGAAUAAAAACAAGAAGAAGGGCAAAGAUGACAAGUAUGGUUCUGAGGUCACAACCCCUGAGAACAGCUCCUCUCCAGGAAUGAUGGAUAUGCAUGAUGAUAACAGUAACCAGAGCUCCAUUGCAGACUCAUCCCCACUAAAGCAAGAGAACAGCAACAACACAAGUCCUACACCUGAACCCAUGGCAGCUACUCAGAGUGACGGCAAUGACUUGAAAAGUGACCAAUGUCCUUCCAAACAGCCUUCAUCUGGUCAGGAUCAUAAGGAACAAAAUCACAGCUCAUCAGAGUCUACAACAGCUAAAAGGGACAGCAAGUCACAGGGGGAUUCGGAACACUUUUUAGACUCUUCAAAAUCGGCCCAGGAAUUGGAAGAUGGUGCUCCCCCAAGCAAAAAAGGGAAAAUGGAUUCUUCCUCUGAGGAAAGCUAACUGUCUUUUGGCAGCAUUUGGCAUGACAUUUGCGAUCCCAGUUUCUUUUCUUGAAAUGCAUCACAAAGAAAAGGAGGUUUUUCUUCACUUCUACAGCCUUCACCACAACCAUCCAUUCACCUUUACAGAGAAAACCAUUUGUCUCUUGCAGUCAUUUUCCAGUGCAGAGUGCAAGCCUGGAUCAUUUCAUUCCAUAAUAGAUGGGAACAUGAAUUGAGGAAAAGUUAAGAAUCAAGCUGAGAUAUUGUACAGAUCUUAAAACGGUUCAUGGUGCCCUACAAUCACUACAUGCUAUUUAUUUUGCAAAGAUCAGUACUGUCAACUGAAAUGGCACUGGAACUGCCAUAGUUUUUCCAAACCGGCACUGAUAUCAACUGCCAUUUGCAAUCUUCAAAAUUUGUAUCACUCACCUUUUCUUGUUCACUCAGGAAGGUCAAAACACUGUUUUCUUAAUCAUGCUGAAAGUAACUGAUUUCUGCUGCUGUAGUUUGAAUAGUGAUAGUUCACCUUAAGUAGCUAAAUAUAAAAAAAAUUACAUUUUCAAAUGGUACUAGUCACAAGUUGAGUCAUUCAAGUUCUCCUAUGAAGACCAUAGCCUGUAGCAUAGGUCUUGAGUGCAUUUGUGUUACUGAGAGAUGGGUGUUUUUUUUUUGUUUGUUUUUUUUUUGGUUUGUCUACACACUUCUCCAAAAGUGCCCACAUUUAGGUUCUCCUCAUUUUAAUAUCCACAUAAGCCUCAACUGUUCAUUUUCACUAUUGCUCAAGUUAAACUGUGGUGUUCAAACCAAGCUUUGAAAUGCUGGUUGCCAUUUCAACAGCACUACAACCUUCCACUGUACACAAGGAAUACAAUAAUUGCAUAAUUUUAAAAUGUCAAAUCAAGGAAAUACUUUUAUCAGCAACUGUACUGACUGCUUGUGUCGUCGUCCAAGGAAUUAAAGUGACAUUGAUUAGAUUGUAACACAGACAUGUUAUGGGUAGACAGCUGUGCGAAUACCUCAUACUCCGUCCAGCAGUGCUGGAAUGUUAACACUAAGUAUGACUUUUUCAAAAUUACUCUGUCUGCUUGAAAAAUAAAAUGUAUAUAUUUAUACUAUUAUGUUUUUGCUACCCUUAUGUUUUUGCCACAGUAUUUCGCCAAACUAUUGCCUUCUGUAGUUCAAUAUUUGAAACUUUUAGCAAAAGUUAUUCAUUGGGACCAUAUUGUUUUGUUUUCCCCGUUGAUAAUGGAAAUGUCUUGUACAGAAGUAUGGUUGUGUCUAACCUAUUUAUUCCACAUGUAGUUUAUUGGUUUUCUAAUAAAAAUAAAUAA